UGCCCACUGACUGCUGUCAAAACAAUCAUUUCUAAUUUUCUAAACGACAAAUGAAGAGUUCAAAGUGCUAAAAUAGGAUUUAUUUUUUCGAUUUAUUUUAAAUUCUACCUUGUAAAUAGAAAAUGUUGUGUUCUAUCACCAAAACAGUUCAGUUACUCGUUCCAAGUGUUCGUCAUUCAAGAUGUAUAGCCUCGCUCUCUGCUUUACCGGAUACUUACCAGAUGUUAUACAAGACUUGUAGAGACUUUGCUGAAGCGGAACUAAAGCCCAACGCAGCUAAAUAUGACCGGGACCAUUUAUACCCAGAAGACGCAAUUAAAAAAAUGGGAGAACUUGGUUUGAUGGCAAUAGCCACCCCAGAGGAGCUUGGUGGGGCUGGAUUGGACUACUUAGCGUAUUCUAUAGCAUUAGAAGAGAUUUCCAGAGGCUGUGCAUCGGCUGGAGUCAUAAUGUCUGUGAAUAACUCACUGUAUCUUGGACCACUAUUGGGAUGGGGCACAGAUAAACAAAAAGAAGAUUUUGUCACACCAUUUUGUGAUGGAAAGACAAUAGGUUGUUUUGCUCUAUCAGAACCAGGGAAUGGGUCAGAUGCUGGUGCUGCAUCAACCACAGCCAAAGACGGGGGUGACAAAUGGGUUUUAAACGGCACAAAAUGCUGGAUUACUAAUGGCUAUGAGAGCAAAGCCGCAGUAGUAUUUGCAACUACUGACAAAAGUUUGAAACAUAAGGGCAUAUCAGCAUUUGUUGUGCCAAAGCCGAUCAAAGGUUUGGAACUGGGGAAGAAGGAAGAUAAACUGGGCAUUAGAGGUUCGUCCACUUGUUCUUUAAUGUAUGAAGACUGUGAGAUACCAAAAGAGAAUAUUUUAGGCGAACCAGGAUUUGGAUUUAAGAUUGCAAUGAUGACAUUAGAUGCUGGAAGAAUUGGAAUUGCUUCACAGGCAUUAGGUAUUGCACAGGCAUCCCUGGAUGUAGCAAUUGAAUAUGCUUCAAAGAGAAUAGCAUUCAACAGGCCGAUAAUGAAGCUACAGUCAAUUCAGAACAAGUUGGCCGAUAUGGCAAUGAGGCUGGAGUCGGCACGGCUGCUCACUUGGCGCGCAGCGUGGUUGAAGGACAACAAGCAACCCUACACUAAGGAAGCCGCCAUGGCUAAAUUAGCGGCGUCUGAAGCAGCUACGUACUUAUCACAUCAAUGCAUACAGAUACUAGGCGGCAUGGGCUACGUGACGGACAUGCCGGCGGAGAGGCACUACCGUGACGCCCGCAUCACGGAGAUCUACGAGGGAACAUCGGAAAUACAACGAUUGGUCAUCGCAGGCCAGCUCAUCAAAGAAUACGAUCUGAACUAAAUAUGAACACGAUGGCGAGAUAAACCUAUAGAAUUCGGAAUAAUAUUACACUGUAGAAGUGGUAAGUACUGGUGAAUAACAGUUGUGUAGUGACAUACUUUUGUCUUACAUCGCGAUUCUGAGAUUUAAUUGACAGCUUUACAACAACGUUAUUGCAUGCAAUGCGAGACAACGAUACAGUACAAUAUGCCUUUUCUAUUGUCUAAUAUUAUUAUGAUUUCUAUGCGUGGUCCCAUAUACUCACUAACAGGUUAAAUGGGCUUAUAAGUAGACCGCCUACAAUCGUAGGGUCGAGGUUGACGAGUGACGCAUCUGUGUAGACCGGCCGCCAUUUUCGGUCAACUUAUGUUCCGAGUAAGAUACGUAUUUCUGCCGCCCACAGCUUUGACUCUGUGCUGUUUGUCGACAUAACCCUCUCCAUUCUCUCCCGUCUAUUCCCCGCAAACGAAGACUUCUAAGCGGUCUACCUGUAGUUACUUUUCAAUACUCAAAGAAUGCAACUUCUGGUACAGUCCAUCCAUGUAAUUUAAAGAUUUUUGUUUAUAGUUAUAUCUAUAAUAAAGUAUUGCAACUUAGACAGAUAAGAUCAUGAUAAGAUCGCCAUAUACUGUAAGAUCAUAAGAGUAUUAAUUAAACAUUAUUGUAAGUAGAAUCAUGUAUGCUUGGCUGGUACAGUGCGGUCCAUAAACAAAAAUGGUGUUCUUUCCCUAUUACUACCCUAACUACUGCCAAAAGUCCUGUCCUGUCCUGGCGCCGGGGCCCGCCUGUGACCACGAUCGAGGGUAUAGUUACACAUCUAUAAGAAUUUUUUAAUAAAUAAAUAUAUACCGGACAGAUUACACAGAUUGAGUUAACCUCGAAGUAAGGUUGAUAACCACUGUACAUAAGCACACUUUUUUUAUUACACAAAUUAUUUAUGAGAGAUAUACCCAUAGAAAACUUUUACUAAGAGCCAAUGAAGCAAUAUAAAUAAGAGAUUGCCUUUUAAAACAUAAGAAGGACAACAUCUUCUUUAAUCUUUCAAAGCAACUACAUUUUUUUAUAAGAAAUAAAAUCUUUUCAAGUUGAAGUGAAAAUCAGUUUUCUACUAUUGAAAACGAAUUUUGUAAGGAAUUAACAAUCAAAAAACAAAAUCCAAUAUUAGU